AGGUGAUACGUCAUGUCACAACCACUCCCGAGGUGCCAUUGCCCAAGAACGCCAGUCGUUCCUCUGAUAUCCACAGGAGGAGUUCCUCUGGGAAAUAUCCCCCUGUCACGCAUCAUCCCCGCCUGGCUACGAAGUCCUCUGACCUCAGAUGAUGAUACUGACGCUUCCCUGGCAUAUACUGUCUAUCCCUUUAGCCCGGAACCUUUCUUCUAACUCCCUUAUGUUCCCCUUCUGAACUCCUCCGCGCAGUCUCCUCAGCUCCUGUUGAUUAGCUACCACAGUAAUCUCUUUCGUUCUUCCCUGCUCCUCCGCCAUGUCGACCGCACCAAACCAGACCCCCUCCUCGCAAACUCCCCUGCCUUCCUCUCAACCUCCCUCUGACACGGCUGUCAGCAUCCAUGACAAGUCACCAUCAUCUAUCCCCAUCAAAAGGUCACACAGUCCCAAGCGUUCCGUCUCCGCUCCCCCGGCGCAAGCCGCCACCCUCGGCGACAGUCCCGGGGGAGCCUCCGUCGCAUGGCUGCGCGACACGUUGCUUCACCACGCCAACCGCUCGUUGGCUCUUUCGACCAAGCUCACCGGGUUUCACGGCUGUCCGUCACCCCUCGGAACCGCUGGUUCCCUCUCUAGUAGUCCUUCAUUCUCCUAUUCGUCGUCCAUCUCUCUCACGUCCUUUUUUAAAGGUAGUAGUGCUUUCGCGAGCAUCGGUACCGGCGGCGGCUCUCUCUGCGGAAAGAAGCGCGCCGCGAGCUCCCGGGAGAUCUGGUUCGUCCUGCUGUCCUUCCUCUCGCUGCUGCUCCUCGCCGACAUGCUGCGAAAGAAUCACAUGUUACUGUUACAAUCCGCAUCCGUCGGUAUCGAGUUCCUCUUCGUGCUGUCCCGCGAGAGCGCGUACGCGCGUGGCUUCCGCGUGCUCUCCACGUGGGAGAAGGCCUCCGGAGUGCGCUUCGCCAACGUGGCAGUGGUCAACAUGGAGGACGCGGAAUUCGCGCGUUUCAACACGACGCGUCGAUUAAUCCCCUUGGCGGUUCCGCACGCGCCGGAGUAUUUAGAAUGGAAGCAGCUCUACCCGGAGUGGGUGAACGAAACGAAGCCGAACAGCUGCCCAUAUUUGCCGGAAGCGCGGUGGCAGAGCGGGCGAAAGCAGGCGGACGCGCUGUUGGCUCGCGUGGAGUGUCGCGAGCCGGUAACCGGAUGGGCGAAAGACGUGGAGUGGCAGCACAUGUUACUGUCGCUGGCGAAUCUGAUUAUCCAGGCUGACAAGCUGUGGAUGCCGCUCGUUCUCAUCUCCGAGUGCCGGCCGCCGUUGAACCUCUUGCCGUGCAGCCGGCUGGUCAGACGGGACGGGCCGGUCUGGCUGUACAACCUGACGGCCAGCGACCUCAAAGCGCGGCUGCAGCCGGCAGGCUCGUGCGGCAUGGCGCAGCCGACGCUGUCGGCCGAAGAGCCGCCUGCUGUGGGCACCGUUGCCUACGCCACAGUGCUCCAUACAGUGGAGAACUACGUGUGCGGCGCGAUGGUGCUGGCGCACAGCAUUCGGCGCAGCGGCAGCCAGCACGACAUGGUGGUGCUCGUGUCGCCCGAGAUCACCAACCGCAGCCGCGACGCGCUCCGAGAGGCGGGGUGGAAAGUGAAAGAGAUUGAGAAGAUCCGGAAUCCGUAUGGGAGCAAAACAUCGUAUAAUCAAUGGAACUACAGCAAGCUGCGCCUGUGGCAGCUCACGGAGUACUCGUCGGUCAUCUUCGUGGACGCGGAUCUGCUCGUGCUGCGCAAUCUCGACCACCUCUUCGCCUUCCCCGACCUGUCAGCGCGCGGCAACGACCAGACCGACUUCAACUCCGGCCUCAUGCUCAUCCGCCCCUCCCAGUGCACCUUCCGGGAGCUCUUAGCCAACGUGCACACCAUCAGAUCGCCCAACGGCGGGGACCAGGGCUAUUUGAACAACAUCUUCACCUGGUGGCACCGCCUCCCGAAUUCCUACAACACGCUCAAGCACAUCUGGGCGUCAGAACCCACAGAACGCGCCCUAGAACUAGCCACCAAGAACCGGUGGUUCUCAGACGAUCCGGCUGAGAUCCACACGAUCCACUACCUCGGCCGCAAGCCGUGGCAGUGCUACCGCGACUUUGACUGCACGUGGCUGUACCCCUGGGACCACAACUUCGCUAACGAGGCGGCUCAUAAGCGGUGGUGGGGUGUGCACGACUCCAUGCCGGAGAGUCUCCAGCAGAUGUGUUGGUUGAGGAAUGAAGAUAAGACUGAGAUGGAGUUUAGGAAGAGGGGGCUGGAGAAGAAGGGUGCCCCCCCGGCGUUUUGGAAUUUCACGGUGACCGACCCGAGGAAGGAUUAUUGUUUUCCCGGGCAGAAGACGUGCGUGUGGCAGCUGUACCUGAAAAACUGGAAACGGCGGUAGUUUGAAUCGGGUGAUGAGGGGAGAGAUGGGUCAUAAGCGGUGGCGGGGGGUGCAUGACUCCAUGCCGGAGAGCCUCUAGCAGAUGUGUGUGUGGCAGCUGUACCUCAAGAACUGGAAGUGUAGCCAACUAGGCAGCAUAGGGAAUCUGCCACCACGUAUGGGGUAUGCAACUGCUGAUGAGAAGCAGAAGACGUGUGGCAGCUGCCAGAAGACCUGAGGCGGUAGGCUUAACAAGACUAUGAGGAAGGGUGGUAAGGGAAAAGGGGUUCCUACUAGCAGCGUAUGGCGUAUGCUUAAAGUCAGACGGCAUUGAGGGCAAAGGCGGAAAGGAUGGGUGGGGAUCCUAUUAGCAGCGUAUGGUACAUGUUCGAGCCAGACGACAUGCAAGAGCAGACGGCGUGUAGGUGGGAACUGCUACCUGUGCCUGGAAGCGGUAGGUGGAGGAGCACUGGAAGCAGCAGUCAUGGCAACUUGUAGGUAGCAAGGUUAAGGGAAGCUGCUGACCAGAGAAUUGAAGAGAGUGCCUGGUGAAGAGCUGAGAAGACGUGCUUUUGGCGGCAGCGGUGCCUGGUGAAGCCAGUUAGGUGAUGAUGGAUUGGGGUUGCAGACAGAUGGGGAGAAUGCAAUAGAGUGAUGGAGACAAGGGGCGAUAAUAGAUUAGGUGACGAAAGGCGAUGAACGAGGUGAUGCAGUGCAGUACUGUCCUGCUCGGCCAGGGCAAUGAUGUGCAUCUGGUUUAUCAGGAUUGGCCCACUGCGAAUUAGCUGCGGGAAUUCUGCAGGGUGGUGGAGGCUAGGCUCGUACUGUAGAUCCAACUGCCAGUUUGUACUAGUUAAGAGUGCUAAACUCAGAUUCUGUUGGUCAAAUUGUGAUGUAAGAUGCUGCUUUGCAUGUUGUGAAGGUAGUGCAGGA